UACAGGCCAUAGCAGCAACCACCAAUCCUUUACUUCUCUAAUCCCCAUCUCCAAAUAAUAGACAUCUACCUUAGUAGUCACCUGAGCUUAUUCUACCAAAUUGGUCUCCAGUUCGAGUCUGUAUGAACAUAAAAGACACCUUUAGAAGAGCUGCCUUGUGUAUCCCAAACAGUACUUAAAUCUGACCCAAUACGUGAUCAGCCUUGAGACCACGUAUGCAUCUUCUUCUAUCACAAUAUCAGAAAAAAGUAUGAAAAGAAGCAGGAAAGAUAUGGAGCAGAAGAAUGUUUUGCUGUCAGCAUUGGGUAUUGGGGUUGGUUUUGGAGCAGGGCUUGGAUUCAGUUCAGGGCUUGGAGGGAAUUCUGAUGAAGAAGAAGAGCUCUGGAAUGAGCAAGUUAAGCAAGAACUUAUGAGGCAGGUUAUUGAUGGGAAGGAAUGCAAAGAAACUUUCCAAGACUUUCCUUAUUACUUAAGUGAAAGUAGUCGGCAGCUAUUGAUGAGUGCUGCAUUUGUUCAUCUAAAACAACUUAUCUUCUCUAGACACAUCCGGAACCUUCCACAAACAAGCAGGGCAAUCUUACUUUCUGGUCCAACAGAACUUUACCUGCAAACAAUUGCCAAGGCUUUAGCACAUCAUUUUGAAUCAAAGUUGCUGCUGCUAGAUAUUGCUGACUUCUCUGUCAAGGUGAGGAGAAAAUAUGGAUGUCCAAGAAAAGAAUCCUCUUCUAAAAGGUCCUUAUCUGAGGUGGCUUCCAAGAGAUUGGCCAGUCUGUUUGGUUCCUCUUCGACUAGUGAAGCUGAAGAUCCCCCUAAGAACAAAAGUGACAUGUGCAUGGAUGAAGAAUUCUUCAUGCAGUUGCUUUAUAAGGUCGUGGUUUCUGUCUCAGAAAAAAGUUCCAUUAUAUUAUACAUCAGGGAUGUUAAGAGGAUUUUCCUAGAAUCAGAACAACUGUAUAAGUUGUUUCAAGAAAUUCUAGAGAAACUUUCAGGGCCAAUUUUGAUACUUGGUUCCCAAAUAACUGAUGUUGAAGAUGAAUGGUCAGAAGAUGAGUUGCUGGGAAAUGAGUGGUUACCAUGUUUUGUUCCACCACCAGAAGCUGGUGCAGAAGUUGAUGAAAGGCUCGCUGCAUUAUUCCCUUACAAUAUUCAGAUCAAACCUCCUAAAGAUGAGCAUAAUCUUCAAAACUGGAAAACCCAACUAGAGGGGGACAAGAAAACAAUUCAGUCUCAAGAUAACCAAAACCACAUUGCUAAAGUACUAGCAGAAAUGGAUGUUGAAUGUAAAGACUUGAAUUCAAUCAACCACGAGGAUACAGAAGUACUAAGCAAACAUAUUGAAGAAAUUGCGGUAUCUGCAGUAUCUUACUACUUGAUGAAUACCAAGGAUCCAGAAUAUCAUAAUGGAAAGCUUGUAAUAUCAUCUGAAAGUUUGUGCCACAGUUUGGGUCUAUUCCGCAAAAGCAAUACUGUCAAUGAUACUCAGAAGACAGAGACUGAUGGAAACAAAGAAGUUCCUCCGGACAAUAAUUAUGAAGCAAACAUGAGAUCAGAGCUUAUCCCUGCAAAUCAGAUAGGAGUUACAUUCGCAGAUAUUGGUGCAUUAGAGGAAGUUAAGGAAUCACUCCAAGAGCUAAUCAUGCUUCCACUUCGAAGACCAGAGCUCUUCAAAGGUGGACUUCUUAAGCCUUGUCGAGGUAUUCUACUUUUCGGACCUCCAGGAACCGGCAAAACAAUGCUUGCAAAGGCAAUUGCACAUGAAGCAGGAGCAAGUUUCAUCAAUGUUCCAAUGUCUGCCAUCACAUCAAAGUUCUAUGGAGAAGACGAGAAGAAUGUCCGAGCUAUCUUCACACUGGCUGCAAAGGUUUCUCCAACUAUUAUUUUUAUUGAUGAGGUUGAUAGCUUACUUGGGCAACGAGCAAGAUGCGGAGAGCAUGAGGCUACGAGGAGGAUUAAGAAUGAAUUCAUGACCCAUUGGGAUGGUCUAUUGACAAAACAAGAUGAGAGAAUUCUAGUUCUUGCCGCAACCAACAGGCCAUUUGACCUUGAUGAUGCAAUCAUAAGACGGUUUCAGCGAAGAUUCAUGGUUGGUCUUCCAUCUGUUGAGACUAGGGAGAUUAUCUUGAAAACCAUGCUAGCCAAGGAAAAUACUGAAAAGUUGGACUUCAAAGAGCUUGCAAUCAUGACAGAGGGAUAUACUGGGAGCGACCUCAAGAAUUUGUGCACUGCUGCUGCUUAUCGACCAGUUAAGGAGCUAAUAAAGCAGGAGAGAUUGAAGGAUAUGGAAAAGAAUAAAAAUGAAGCUGAAGGCCAAACUCAGAAGCCGCUUCAAGUGCCAAAGAGGAUACAAAUGAGAAAGAAAAGAAUAAGAAAGAUGCUGAAGGCCAAAGCUCAAAGGCUGAUUCAAGUGCUAAGAAGGACAAAGAAGAUCAAGUAAUUACCUUGAGGCCUAUAAACAUGGAAGACAUGCUUCAGGCUAAGAAUCAGAUUCCCCCAAGUUUUGAUGAUAAUGGAUUAAUAAUGCAAGAACUGCAGCAGUGGAAUAAGCUCUAUGGAGAACGAGUUUUGCUGUAGAAAUACACCUAACUAAAUAUAUUUUAGUCAAUACCCUUGUUUGGCAUCAUCGGAGUAUCUUCUAUUGAGCAAAACGUUGUCAUUUUGAGCCUACACUUGGAGGGCUGUUCCAAGACACUUUAGCCAUUUAGGACUCAUAAUAGGAAAUGUAAAGUUUAAGCUGUCAUCGGGUUGUAUGUUCGUGUGAGUGUUUGGGCAUUUAAUAGCUUGAUCUUGUUAGGAUUUAGAGCAGAAAGCAUAGCAAUAAAAAAAAUUAUUUAUUGUUUUGAUCCCAGGUCCUUGUGGAAGAUUUCUAUAUUGGAUAAGAGAUGGAGACAUCAUUGAUUAUUGAA